AUGGCUGGCGAACUCAUUCUGUUGACGGGCGGUACAGGUCACGUUGGGUACCGGGUUCUGAUCGAGGCUUUGUCGAAGGGCUACAAUGUCCGGGCCUCCGUUCGAUCAGAAGCGAAGAUUGCCGAGCUCAAGGCUGCAAAGUCCUCUCAACCAUACCUCGCUCAACUCUCCUUCGUCAUCGUCCCUGACAUUGGAAAGGAUGGUGCGUUCGAUGAGGCAGUCACUGAUGUGGACUUCAUCGUUCAUGUUGCAUCUCCAAUUCAGCAGCCCACUGAUGACGUCGAGGCACACAUCAUCCAGCCAGCCAUCCGGGGCACUCUGAGCAUCCUCCGUUCCGCUCUCAAACAGCCUUCUAUUCGACGAGUCGUCAUCACUUCCUCUGUAGUAGCAGCCUUGCCUUCAGAACCACGAGCCUUCACAGCCGACAAUGUCGAGCCGGAUCCCCAUGGACCAUAUGACAACGACUUUGUCGCAUAUAUCGCAAGCAAGAAACUGGCAUACAAUCGUACUCGUGACUUCAUUGCCAAGGAAAAACCCAACUUCACCGUUGUCAACAUCAUGCCAACCUUUGUCGUGGGCAAGAACGAACUUGCAACCACGCCAAAAAGCGUCCUGUCGGGUUCAAACAGUUUACCGAUGAUCCCCGUCAUGGGUCAGCACAAUCCGGACGGACUCCCGGCAAAAGUUUGCCACGUUGAUGAUGUUGCCUUUGUCCACAUAGCUGCACUGGACUCCGGGGUUGAAGGCAAUCGGAACUUUGGAGUCGAUUAUCGCGGCGACAAGCCCGUGGAAUGGGAUGAUGCGAUUGAUAUCGUGAAGAAACACUUUCCCGAAGAAGUCAAGAAAGGCGUCUUUCCUCUCGGCGGGUCUCUGAAAUCGUUGCCAAUGCCCUUCGAUGCCACUAAGACGGAGGAAACGUUUGGGAUCAAGUUCAAGAGCUACGAAGAGCAGAUCGUGAGCCUCGCAGGUCAUUAUGCUGAAGUGGUCGCAAAUGCCUGA